CUCUUCAUCACUGGGUCAGAAGCCUUUUCUCCUGUAUCUUCUGCACCUACUUUCUUAACUUACUGGGUGGGAAUCUUUGGUCUGUUCUCUAAAGAUAUGUUCUAGAGGCUUCAGCUUCAGGGCAACGAUUGACCAAUGCCUUAAAGCCUGCCCUCCUGCCCUCCAUGACCCCUGUCUUGCUGCCCUCCCAAAUUUCAGGGAUGAUGGGCUUGUGGAGGGAGGGCCCACUAGCUUUUGAAGUUCUCCCAUGAAGCUGUGUCUUGCUCUAUCCCUAAUGCUAGAGUUGACUGGGUUUCCUGAUGAUCCCUUUGUGUGGGGUGAAUGAGGAAAGCCUGGCUUGCUGAGAGGGCUUUCCCUGCAGAGGACCUUGGAGAGGAAGAAGUAUCAGUAUCUGCUAGCCUUUAAGUCAGAGACUGCCCAUAUAUACUAUACUUGUCUUAAAUUCACUAAUUAAUAUUUUUGUUGACUGCCUGGCCCUUGCUCUUUAAGUCCUGAAUUUGGUCUAAUUUCCAUUCUCCCUCCAUUCUCCCCACCCCCAGCUCCUGUUCUGAUUCUGGACUACCCAAGUCUUCUCUUUGGGUAGUUUAUCUGUUCUACUCAGGACAGAGGGCUCUGAUCUAGAAGGAGCAACUCACUUUCUCUCCCCUCACCUCCACAGGCUUGAGAAUAUGCUGUUCUUCCCUACCUUUUCCAUCAUGGAGCCCACAUUGUUGCCCUUCCCUUAGAGCCUCUGAGACUGGUACCCAGGCAAGACAUAAUGCCUCUGCCUGCCAUAAGACUGCCCAGCCCUUAUGGCUCUGAUCGGCUGGUACGACUGGCCGCCAGGCUCCGGCCAGCACUCUGUGAUACCCUGAUCACCGUAGGCAGCCAGGAGUUCCCUGUCCACAGCCUGGUGCUAGCAGGUGUAAGCCAGCAGCUGGGCCACAGGGGCCAGUGGGCUCUGGUAGAAGGCAUCAGCCCUUCCACCUUUGCCCAGCUUCUACAUUUUGUUUAUGGAGAAAGUGUAGAGCUGCAGCCUGGGGAGCUGGGGACCCUAGAGGAGGCAGCCAGGGCCUUGGGAGUGCAGUCCCUGGAAGAGGCAUGCAGAAGGGCUCGAAGGGACAGGACUGAAGAGGAGGUGGAUCUAGGGCUGAAGAAACAUCAGGAAGAGCCAGAGAAACCCACAAGGGAUUCUGAGAGAGGACUGAGAAGGCUUGGAGAGAAGCAGAAACAAGAGAAGUAUUUUAGAGCUGGUGAGAGAGAACAGAUGUCGCACAAGCACAAACUACCAAGAAAGAGCCCUGAGACGGCAGGGGCAACAAGGGAGGGUCAGGGGGAGCAGAUGAGAUCAAAAGAGGAAAAACUCAACCAAUCCCCUAUUUGCCAUGGGACAGCAGAUGGGAAGAAAGGUGUGGUCAUGUGGGUGAGGAAGAGUCUAGGGGGCUCUGAGGAAAGUCUGCGGGAGUGCCCUGGCCCCCUUCCCCCACCAGGUUCCUUCCAAACCAGUAUCAUCCCCAGGCCCUGGUGGGCUGAGGCCUCUUGGUUGGGGGAGGGCCAGCCUGCCCUGUGGAGCAUCCUGCUGUUGCCUCCCAGAUACGGCACUCCCUUCUCACAUAGCACACCCAUGACUGGAGCCUGGCAGGAGGUCUGGCCUCAGGACCAGAGGAUCCCACUGGCUCUGAACCCCCACAAAGGGCUCUGGAGCCAGAACCAGUUGGCCUCCUCCAGCCCCACCCCAGGUUCCCUCCCCCAGGGCCCUGCACAGCUCAGCCCUGGGGAGAUGGAAGAGUCUGAUCAGGGGCACACAGGAGUACUUGCAACCUGUAUGGGUCAUGAGGGCACCACAGGCCACCCAUCUCAACAACACCCUCCCCCAGCCCCUUCUGCUCGGUCUCGGCCUUAUAUUUGUUCUGUGUGUGGGAAGAGGUUUUCACUCAAGCAUCAGAUGGAGACACACUAUAGAGUCCACACAGGAGAGAAGCCUUUCUCCUGUAGCCUUUGUCCUCAGCGCUCCCGGGACUUCUCUGCCAUGACCAAGCACCUGCGGACGCACGGGGCCGCUCCAUACCGCUGUCCUCUGUGCAGUGCCGGCUGUCCCAGCCUGGCCUCCAUGCAGGCACACAUGCGAGGCCACUCGCCUAGCCAGCUCCCACCCGGAUGGACCAUUCGCUCCACCUUCCUCUACUCUUCCUCUUUCUCGAGGCCAUCCCGGGCCUCGACCUCUCCUUGUUGUCCCUCCUCCUCCACUACCUGAGGAGGUGUGGAUAACUUCUUUGGGCUCAGCCAAGAUUCUAAGAAUGAGAAUCGGGUCGUCUGGGCUUCUGACCCAGCACCGCUGCUAAGGUACCUUAGCAAAUUCGGCCCCAGGAGAGCCUCGGGAUGACCGCAGGUCGCAGGGUCCUAGGCCAAUGAGCCCCUAUAGGGUGAGGGCACUGAAGUUUACAUGAGUAAAGGUAAACUGUAUGGGGACUGUCGAUCUCAUCACCAUAAUA